AUUUAUUAACUCCCUUGAAUUCUAGAAAUAACAACAAUCCAGACAACGAAGAAAGUGAAAGAUGUAUAGUUUUGAAGGAAAUUUCCGUCAAGCACCAGUACAGUCUUUAAGAGGAGCAAGUAAAAAGGAAGAAAAAGAUCUUUUGAUAAAGCGAGCCCAAACAGAAAGACAGAAAAGAGAGGACCAGAGAAGAAGAGCUGAUAGUACAGUAUGCAUUCAGUCUUAUUAUCGUGGAUAUUCUGUCAGAAAGAAAUGUGCUGAACGGUUGAGGAUUGAGUUUGAUAAAGAAAGCAAUUUAAAGAAAAACACCACAGAUGCAAAUUUCUUGUUGAAAUUAACUGGAAAACUAGGUUAUUUUUGUGAUGUGAAGAAAGAUGGCCAAAGACUGAUUUGGCUUUGUCAGAAUAUAAUAAAGUCAAAAGAAAAUAUAAUUGCUGUGUUGUAUAGUCAAAAACCACAGAGAUCAUUUCUCAUCAACAGAUUGUUGGUCCUUUGCUUAAGAUACUUGGUAUCUAUAGCUGAUACAUCACAACCUAUAGCAGUACCAAUGAGGAUGUUGGAAACAUUUACAUCACAGAAUCUGUACAAAAAUCACAGUCAUUUGUCAGUUAUUUGGUCCCACCUUAUUGAAAAAGGUUACUUUGAGUACAUGAGGACUAUUUUUGAAGCUAAAGUACCCUCUAACUUAGAAAAAUCCACAGUGCCCCCAACACCACAAGCAGGCAGUAUAUUUUCCCUCAUUAUGUCACCUAUUGUAUAUGCUACAGAGGUGAAGAACAAAGUAUUCAGUCAGUUUAUCCUGAAGUCCUUGUGUAGAUCCUUCUUCUGUCCAGCCUUCAGUGAACAGAUUGAACAAUUCCUUCUACCAGCAAUGGCUUAUAACAAAUUUCCAUUUCCUCUUGUUGAGCUCAUACAAGCACUUCUUCAACAGACAAGUGAUACCUCAAAGGUGAAAAGUCAAAGAUAUGAUGAUAUUACAGAUAUACCAAAGACUCAAUGGUUAUUAACUGCAGUAGUAACAUUUGCUGAAAGAUAUUUAGAUUCUAUGUCUACUCCAGAUGUACUGAACUUACUGUUAGUUCUGAAACAACUUUUACCAUGUGUUGCUGUUCACAGUAAGUUUGGUUCAAAUGAAGAUUCAGAUUCAGAAGAGGAGGAAAUGGAGACUGAUUCUAAUAUUAACUUCAAAAGUCAGCAUGAAGAUAUUGUGGCAUUUCUGAAUUCCCAGAAGUUUGUACAUGCUGUUGUAAGAUGUCUCAGUCAAAAUAGAAAGUUAGAUGACCAAGAUGUGUCAUGUGUGUGUGUUAUAUGUUAUUCUCUAAUGUCACAGUUUAAUCUAUCCAUCCAUAAACAAAGACUUUUAUACAGUUUAGCAUUUAACAGAGAGUUCAUGGUGAAGUUAUGGUAUACCUGUGUCUCAAUGUCUAAUGUAUCUGUUACAAGAACUGAAACGACCUUAUUACAAACGUUAUCUCGAGGAUUACAGAUGUCAGAGGAGGAUAUCAAUCGUAUUGUUCCAAUGUUAUCUGUGUUUUGUGCCAUGUUUAGUCAUUCUUUGUAUACAUUACAUGAUGCUGAUUUCUAUGGAGAGACAUUCAAUGAAAAAACCAAUAGUAUGCCAUUUUCUUUGGAUGAGUUAGUUCCAAUGAUAUUGAUGUUACGAGAUUCCUGUUUAGGAAUUAUAGAACUAGCCCAUCCUGAUGCCAAACCAAUGAUUACUGAUGAUUAUAAAGAAGCUCUAAGAAUCACUGGUGUCAGAGAUGUAACCAAACAAUCAAGAGAUGAAGAAACAAGGAGAUGGGCUUAUUUAUUCAAGGUGAUAGCAACAUUAGUAAGACAGAUCUAUAUCAGAGAUGCCAGACGUUCUUUUUGUCCUAGACAUAUGUGGUUAUCUGAUAGAGUACAUAUACAGGCUGAUAAGCCAUCUCAAAUAUACAGAGCACAAGGUUCAGUCUUCACAAGAAGACCUUUUGGUACAAUGAGGUCAUUGACAAAAGUAAAAAUUGAUGAUGAUGGACCCCCAUUAUCUAACACAGAUGUAAAGAACCUUGUCAUACUCACAGAAUUACCAUUUGUUGUCUCCUUUGCAGAACGUGUGAAGAUAUUACAGAAGUUGAUUCAGAAUGACCGAGAAGAAAAUCAGGGAGAUACACACCACUUCCUGUCAGGUCCUGCAAUCAGUGUUAUGAUUAGGAGGAAUUAUAUUUAUGAAGAUGCCUUUGAUAAACUGUCACCAGAAAAUGAACCAAAUCUAAAGCUGAAGAUGAGAGUACAGUUAGUAAAUGCUGCAGGUCUGGAUGAGGCUGGUAUCGAUGGUGGAGGUAUAUUUAGGGAGUUUUUAUCUGAGUUGUUAAAGACAGGGUUUGAUCCUAACAGAGGUCUAUUCUUGAGUACGACAGACAGAUUGUUGUAUCCCAAUCCACAAGCUGCUUUGUUGAUGGACAAUUUCACUCAGCAUUAUUUUUUCCUAGGAAGGAUGUUGGGAAAGGCUAUAUAUGAAAACAUGUUAGUAGAGAUUCCAUUUGCUAGUUUCUUCCUGUCAAAGAUUUUAAGCCGACAUGGUGGUGACCUUGACAUUCAUCAUCUAGCAUCAUUAGAUCCAGAAAUGUACAAAAAUUUGUUAUCGCUGAAGACUUAUGAUGGUGAUGUAUCAGACUUGGGCUUGGAUUUCUCAGUUGUCAACAAUGAUUUUGGGCAAACUAAAAUAGAAGAAUUAAAACCAGGUGGUCGUGAUAUUGCUGUAACCAACAGCAACAAAAUUGAAUACAUUCACUUAAUGGCAGAUUACAAAAUCAACAAACAGAUAAGACAGCACUGUAUGGCAUUCAGACAGGGAAUGGCUGAUCUUAUCAACUUAGAAUGGUUAAGAAUGUUUGACCAUCAAGAACUUCAAGUUCUUAUAUCUGGUGCCCUGGUUCCUGUUGAUAUAGAAGAUCUCAAACACCACACAAACUAUUCAGGAGGCUACACAUCAGAUCACAGAAUUAUUCAAUGGUUUUGGCAAGCAGUAGAAAGUUUUACAGACCAUCAAAAGAGACAACUAUUAAAGUUUGUGACUAGUUGUUCCAGACCACCACUAUUAGGAUUUAAGGAUCUGUACCCAGCAUUCUGUGUUCAUCAUGGUGGAAGUGAAGAACGUCUUCCUACAGCAAGUACCUGCAUGAAUCUCCUAAAACUUCCAGAAUUUGGCAAUGAAGAAACACUCAGAAAUAAAUUGUUGUAUGCCAUUGAAUCAGGUGCUGGUUUUGAAUUGAGUUGAUUGAUAGCACACAGUUUAGGAACAUUAUUUAUGAAUUCUGUACUAAGAUAUAUGUCUUCAUGUCUGAUUGUUUUUGUCCAUAUUAGGGAUGUUGUCACUGGAAAAUUUUCCUUACUUUAGGAGUAAAAACAACUCAUUUUAUUUCGUGUAUUUACUUUUCUCUGUACUAAAACGUUCAGGUGUCUUUUUUUGCACCCAGGAGUAUAAUUCAAACUCAUUACUACACAGAGUUAAGAAUGAUGAUUUGAGGAUUUUUUUAUUAACUGAAGUUCCAUUCAUUAUUCCUUUUGAUAAAGUUGGACAAAAAAUCUAUGUUUCAAAAAUAAAAAUAUUUUCUUUAAUUUUUAUUUUUAGUAAUCCAAAUCCUCGUAUGAAAUAAGAGCUUUAACAAAUGUGUCCCUUGUCUAGAAAAACUGUUUUUGUUACAGAGUAAAGAAUUUACAUGAGUGUAGAACUAAACAAUAUUGAAAUAAAAUUGGUUACAGGAACAGAAUGUUUAAACGUUUAAAUCAGACCUUGUUGAACGUCUUAUAUGAUCAUACAUGUUAUAUCAGUAUUAUUCUCAAUAUUUUUGCUUCAUCAAUUUCAUGCUGAUAGAGGGAAAAUUUUUACCAAUGAUUACAUAAUGAAAUUAUCUAUGAACAAAAUCACAUGUAUAUAUGUACCUAGGUUUGUGAUAGUUAGGAUGUCUUAACUUACUUGCAGUUAUUACAGCCAUGAAUGAAUGUAUUGAAUCUAAAAAGUAAUGGGUUUAAGUGAUACCAUGAUAUAUGGUUUAGCCAUUCAUUCAUUACAUUUAAAAAAUGUACAGUAGAAGUUGUUAUUGUAUAUUUAUUAAGUUGAGUCUUUCAGUAUUUAUAAUGUAAACUUCUUUCGUUUGAUUAUUUAAUGAAUUACUUUAUAAAAUAUUCUCUGCUUAUUCAUUAUAUGCAUAUAUUUUAGUAUUUCCUGUAUGAACAUACCUACUGCUGAAACAUAUAGGUUUUUGAUGCUCUGCAACAAUUGAUGCAAAGAAAUAUAUUCUUGCUUGCUCUGUACCUAAGAGUUUUGAUUUAAAAUCAAUUCUAAAAAGGCCAGGUUGGGUAAUUGGUAAUAUUUUUUAUUACAGUGUUUUAAUACUUUAAAGGGCUAAAAGUUAUCAACAACAAGUGCUUUAAUGUCUUUGAUAAAUUUUUGUGUGUAGGUUAAUUUUUCAGGAAAAACUGCUGUUUUGAAUUAUCAUUUGAAAUGUUAUCUUAAUACAAAACAAUACCACAGAUUUGGGUCAAUGAUGUUUCAAGAAAAAAAAUAAUGGUUAAUUAACCCUUGUGUGUUGGAAGUUCAAAGCUAACACAUUUGAAAUUCAAAAUAGCUCAUCAAAUAUUUAAAAUCAGAUUUGAUCUGCAAGCACAUUGUAAUGAUUUUCUUGACCAUAUUUGUUUUUGAAUAAGCUUCUUUCUUCAUUAGUACAAGCAAGGCAGCUGGAUUGGUACAUAAAACAUGUUUCCAACAUUAAGGAAUAUGUUCAAAGAUAUAUACAUGUAACAAACUAUUACACUUGAAAAACAUUGAAUUCUUGCAUAGUCUCUUUUAACUUAACCUAUCAGGGUUGAGCUGUGCAUGUCAAGAUUUAUUUCAAACAAACUUAAUAAAUGAUUUUAUUGAAUAUUUGCAUUUUCUUACUCAUCUUAUUUUUGCAAGCAAAAAAAAUCUAUUUUUUAAUUUGUUAAUGUGGACCUCUGGAAGUGUCAUUUACAUAUACCCCACAUCUUCUAUUAUUCAUUUUGAGGUAAUGCCAUGUUCUUUUUCAUAACAUGCUAUAAAGAAAAACUGUGAUAUUUUGUUUUAAACACGAUACUUUAUACAUUGUGUUAUUAUCAUUACUUGAUAGGUAAGGAGUAAAUGUGAUUAUUUUUGCAAUACACCUGCACUAUUCCUUUCAAAAGCAAAUGUACUUGACUCCAACUUUUACCAUAAUUUUUGUAAUGGUAUAGAUACUAUAUAGAAUAUUAUUGGAUCUGAAUAUUAUAUGGAAAGUGAAGAUAAAAAAUUCUAGAUUGACAGAUCGACUUAUCAAUCUUGUUUGACAUUGUCAUAACAAGACAAAAAGAAAAUUAUAUGAAAAUAAUCUGUCAUUGAGAAGGACCUGAGCUAGUGACAUGAAGAAAAAUGGUCAGAAAGGUAGUCAAAAUUGGUGAAACUGAUUUUAACUGUUAUUGAAGUUUUUAUUGUACAGAAAAGUGUAUAAUUGAUGAAUACUGUUAUAGACUAGUUUUGACAUUUCAGUCAGGUAGAUAUUACAAGAAAAUAUUACCACACAGUUAAAGAAUCAUUUCUUCUAUUUAUUAUGUUUUAAAACUAUUAUUUGUGUAUUUUGUUGGAUGGAUUUAAACAUGUUUAAUAAAGUAAAAGAACAAAAUUA